AUGAAUAGUAAUAAUGUAAAUGAUAAUACAUCAUCCUCAUCUACAUCAUGGGAAGAUAUAGAUGAUUAUCCUCCAUUGGGAUCGAAAAAAGUACAAAAUAAACAACCGCAACAACCGCAACAACCACCCAUCUCAUUGCCAUCCAGUAAUGAUAUCAUAGAGAAUGCACCAACUCAUCAAGCAUUCUCUUUACAAAACUAUCAUGCUUUCUAUGAAUCGAAACCUACAUUCAAGAUAUUACCAAGAAAGAAAGAUAAUGUAGUCGUUGAUAAUGCACCAGCAAAACCAAUAAAGACUCUCGAAGAGAAAUUGGCAGACUAUGAAAGAGCAAGAGCUGCUUUGUUUGCUGAUGAAAAGGAUAAGGAUAAAGAUAAAGAUAAUAAUAAUAACAACAGUACAAAAGUAUCAUCUCCAUCGAUGGUAUCAUCCUCUUCACCGCAAUAUUUACCUUCACCAAACUCAAAUUCACCACCCAUUAGCAGUCCGAAACCAUCGGAAAGAACAUAUUCACCCGGAUCAUUUAAAAGUAAUAAAUCAAGUGGAAAUAGUAAUAACAAUAUUAACAACAGCAAUAAUAAUAAUAAUAGUAACAAUAGUACAGGUAGACAACCACUUGGACCAGAUGGUACACAAGGUUUCCGUGGUGGAAGAGGUGGUGGUGGUGGUGGUUCAAGAAGACCAAACUAUAAACAACAACCACAACAACCACAACAACAACAACAGAAACAAUAA